AUGCAUUAUUUCGCCUUCAACCCUGAAGUUACAAUUACGCCAUUAUUAAGUGACAGAGGUUCCGUCUGGCUAUUGUUAUUAUUUCGUUUGACAAAGCGCAAAAAAGAUAGUAGUUCCUUCCUCGGCCGCUACAGACACGUUUUGCAGUUUUGCUUCCUGGCGACUAUUGUGAAAAGCGGUCAGCUUUUUUCUGAUGUGUCUGUGAAGAAGACGAUCAGGGCUAUAUACAACUUCGUGCCAGAGUUAAUAGCUGUCAGUGCGCUCUUAAUACUAUCAACAGCAUUUUCUGCCAGGAAGAAAGUCGGAGGGGUAGGAAAGGGCUAUAAAGAAAUUUUUCUUCUUUGCAUUGGAGCGGGGCUGACGCAUAUUAUUCUCUUUACAUUAUCUUUGUUGGUAGCACUUUUCUUUAAAAACACCAAAGUAGCUAAAAGCAGAGGGAAAUUAUUUCUGGCACACAUAGGCAUUUCUGCAGCUGGCAUUAUGGGUGAGUUAUUAAGGGAAUAUAGCGAGUACCGACGAAGGGUUACCGUAAUUAUACACACCUUAGUUCUUUCGAUCUUCUACUCGGCUGCUAGGCUUGGGAGACUCACUGAUGACAAGGAGAAAGGGCUUUAUAUAGCUCAAAUAAUAGGUCUUUUCCUGACUUUUUUCACCGUUAACUUUUUCUCUGCUAUCGCAAUUCGGAUGAGAAUAAUUUAUGAGGCAUAUACCCAGAUUGAAAGACACCAAAAAGUCAACCCAUUCAUUAAUCAUUUUAACUGUGGCUUUUCCAAACGUAGUUCACGUCUACGACAUUACUCAGUUAUCGCGAGGAGUAGCUCAGUCAAUAGGAUACUAAUUCUUUAUAAAUCGGGCCAAGCGUCUAUUUAUGAUUUGAAUUUGAGAUCGCGCUCCAAAGAAAUAUUAAAAGAAGACGAAGUGGUGUCAGCUACUUGGUCUUGUGAUGGAAAAAUACUCUUAAUAAUUAAUUUGCGUUGCAAACUACAAUUUUUUUUUGGUGACAAGAAAUUUUCUGUCCUUCUUCACGAAUCCCUACAACUUUUAGAAGAAGCUGAAGUCUUGUCUUGUUUUUCUAUAAAAGACGAUCUCUUUAUUCUAUUUACUUCCACCUGCGAUGUGGCCAUUGUUAACAGCCGCGGGGAUGUUUUGCUUUAUGAAGAAAAUUACAUUCCCGAAGAAAUUACUGAUGAUCACGUGGCUUUCGCCUUUAAACACGUGUUUAUUAAGCCUUUGGAGCUUGGCAUCUUCACCAGCAGCAGAUCCACAGAAACUUACUUGUAUGGGCGCCUUGAAGGCACCAACCGCUGGGUGCUGUACGAGCUUCUAGCCUCUAAUUUUAAACUGGUGCCUUCAUUUUCAGAAGGCAACUUCGGCUUUGUGCUCGGCCUUGCGGUGGAUCUCACCGCCUCUGCCGGUGUGGGAGUUAAAGAUGCCGACGGGAAUUGGGUGGAGGGCCCGGCGUGCCCCCGUGUGUUGAUGUUGGACUCGAAUUUUAAACUCACUUCUAAGCACGUGGUGGAUGCAUCCUGGCAGCCGUGUUCGUUUGCCCAGCCGAAUCCUCUUCCCCGCCUGGAAUCUGCUUGCCAACAGCCGCGAGGCAGUUCUCAGAAGCAAUCCGGAUUUUCUAAAGCAAAUAAGCCUUUGAAACCAAAGAAGUCGGCCGCAUUGAAUUCGGAGGAGGACGAGCUCCCCGUAAAGAUCACCAGCGAGCGUGUCUGGUCCGCCAUUCGUGGAAGAUUCGAAAAGGAACUCAAAGCCUUGGAAGGCACUUUUGAAAAAAUAGAGUUGGGCUCUGCGGACCUGCAAAAGUCUGCUUUGACUGCUCUGGAAAAGAGAAUGGAGACCUCCGUUAAAAAUUAUAACUCAAUUACUAAAGAGAUGAGCCAACUCUCGUCGUUGCUAGAAAAAAUUUCUCAGUCGACCACUCAGUUAAAAGUAAAGUUGCUGGCCAGUCACAAGAAAGAUGACUCUCGUCUAUUUUUAAACAGGAGGAAACUAGAUUCUGAAAAGCGGGACGAACGCGCUCAACUCAUGCGCAAGCUCUCCUGUGUCGAGGUUAAGCUGAGCGGACUGGAAACUGCUCUCGACCCCGACAGCCGGGCGACGGGCAGUAGAGGGGCGUCUGCCUUCGAGACAAUAUACAGCAUUCUUCGGCACCACUACCAAUCUCUUUUGGUUUUACGACGCCAGCUGGAUCAGGCACAGCAAAGGUCUCUGACUCUCACUAGAUCUUCAGAGCAGGCAUUCUCGGUUUCUCCUUAUAAAAAUCAAGCAACUUCGUUUAAACUUACACCAAAGUCUGGAAAACUUCGCGAACUUAACACUUUGUUACAAAUUUCUAGAGAAAAUGAAAUUGUUAAGAAAACGAAUGAAACGGAUGCACCGGCCCUUAGUAGCCGCCAGCCCGUUUCUCCACACUUAUCUCUCACUUCCAGUUCAUCUUUUGAACCCCCAAAGCCCUUAGAAAUCACAACGCUUGAAAAGGAAGAUAACGCUAUUGGCUUGCAGAACACUUUAAAGACAACUACAUUAGAGCUUGAGCUUUCCAAAAAUAUCGUCUCUACUCUCAAUCCGGAAAAGAGCGAUACUACACUUAGUAACAGCCCUCCAGUCAAAAUGGAAGCAGCAGCCUUUUCCUUCUCUCUUCCGACUGCUUCCAGUGCCGCAGCUUUAACGGUGUCAAGCGAGGGACUCUCUAGCUUUCCCAUUGAGUCUACGACAGACACUACCUCCCCUAAUAAAGCGACCACCCCUAUCAAGGCCCCUUCCAAUGCCUUUGAUCUCUCCUCAUUUACAACAUUCAGUCUUUUCGGCAGUACUCAAGGCCUCGACAAAACAGACGCCGUCCCUUCCGUUAGCUCUUGUUUAGAUUUAGGUUCUCAAUUACCGUCUGCGGCAAAAGUCUCCGAAACGCCUGUUACUGCUAGCCCUAAACAAAGCGCUUCUUUACCAUUCAGUUCCUCACUAUCUUUCGGUUCUGUGCCCAGUCAAGCACCUGUCGGAAGCUUCGCUCCUCCUGACACAAAAACCUCGGGUUUUAUUAAAUCUGGCUUCUCUUUACAAAACAGUUUCAAAGGGUUCGGUGAGAGCAACAAUCAUAGCAGUGACUUCUUAGGCCAAGGAACUUCUGUGUCGAUGAGUUUUGCAGAUCUGGCGAAGGCCGACGGGCCUGGUUUUUGGUACUCCUGGGGGUAUAUUUGGCAGCACAAGCGGUUUAUGCGGUGGCAUCUUUGGAAGCGCAGAGAGUACUAGCGUUGGUGGCUUCUCCACUGCUUUUUCUCCAGGCUUACAUAACCCGGGCUUCUCUACGUCCAGCUUUGUAGGAGAGAGUUUUACUGGUUACCGAGACCCUGAAGAAAACUAAAUUGCUUUUAGCCAAAUUAUUAUCUGGUCUUUAGUUUAACUCAUAUUAAAGAGAAGAGUCGGCUUCAGGAAAACCUAUUAACAUGGGCCCUUAGUAGUUCUUUAAAAUUGAUCGAAGU